UAAAUACCAAACAAUAUACAAUAUUCUUCAUUUCUUCUCAGUCUCAUUCUCAUUCCCCUCACCAUUCCUGAAAACACGCCCCAACAAUUUCCUCAUCAUUUUUGGUUCUGAAAAGAUAAAAAAUGAAGGGAACAGAAAGACUACAGAAAGUGGUUCAUGGGUAUCAUUCUGUAGGAUUCAUGCUUGUAAUGGUAGUGAUGAUGGUGGUUGUUUACUUUUAUGGAGAUAACAGCAAUACUGAAAUAAGUUUUGAUGUUACUGGAGAUACAGAAAUAUUGGAGGAUCAUUCUUUUGAAGGUUGUGAUUUCUUCAAUGGGAGUUGGGUCUAUGAUAACACAUCAAGACCUUUGUAUAAAGAGAGACACUGUUCUUUCAUGGUAGAUGAUUACUCUUGUGAGAAAUUUGGAAGAAAAGAUUUUGAGUAUCAGUUCUGGAAAUGGCAGCCUCAUGGUUGUCACCUUCCCAGGUUUAAUGGAACGGCAUUGUUGGAAAAGCUAAGGGACAAGAGGGUUGUUUUUGUUGGGGACUCAUUAGGUAAGAACCAUUGGGUUUCACUUCUUUGUCUUAUUGAUUCAUGGAUCCUCGAACCAUCACAUAAGGUUGCAGAAUGGCAUGGCUCGUUGAUCACUUUUAAGGCAUCCGAAUACAAUGUUUCCAUUGAUUUUUAUUGGGAACCAUUGUUGGUAGAAUCUAAUUGUGAUGAUCCGGUUAAACAUCGCGUGCAUGAUCGGAUCAUGCAAAUUGAGAGCAUCGAGAGGCAUGCCAAGCAAUGGAUUAACGCUGACAUUUUAAUUUUUGACUCGUAUACGUGGUGGCUGGAACCUAAUAUGACACUCUUGUGGGGGUCGUUUGAAAAUCCAAAAAGAACUUCUGUUGAAUCUAGAAGGGUCACGCGUUAUGAAAUGGCUCUAAGAACAUGGUCAAAUUGGUUGGACACUCACCUUGAUCGCGAGAAAACUAGAAUGUUUUUCAUAAGUCUCUCGCCGGAUCACAAAGAGGGUGGAGAUUGGGGAAAAACAAUGGGAGAAAAUUGCUUCAAUGAAACUCAACCGAUAACGGAAGAAGGGUAUUGGGGGAAAGGAUCGGAUACUGAUUUGAUGAGAACAGCACAAUCAGCGGUACAAGAUCUUGAAAAGAAAGGCUUAAACAUUAAACUUCUAAAUAUAACACAACUCUCACAAUAUAGAAAAGACGGACAUCCAUCUAUUUACAAAAGGCAUUGGGUUCCUCCAACAAAGCUAGAGUUGGCCAACCCUGUCCAAUAUGCGGAUUGUGUACAUUGGUGUCUUCCAGGGGUCCCUGAUAUUUGGAAUGAGAUCCUAUAUGCUUACAUUCGUUAUAAUAUAUGAAAUUUUAUCGUUAGUUAGUUACAACCUAAUACAUCUACAUGUCAUAUAAUAGAGAAAGUUUAGGUAGGUGGUUGGUGAGGAUGUCAUGUAAUAUUCAAAGAACUAAUUAACAGUUACAACCUUCUACUUCAAAGUCUUGUUUGGUGGUUUUGCUACACCAACACUUUUGU